CCAAUCUCUUGCCAUACCACUUGAAGAAAUACAAAAUGAACUAAGUUUUAUUUGCAUUCCGGGAUUAACCACAACAACACCGUUAUGCCCUUGCCGAGACAUUCUGGAUUGGGUGGAGGUGAGGUAUAUGCUUAUUUCUGGUAGUUGCUACUUGUUGUGGCUGAUUUUCGGCGAAUACAGUACCACGUUGUGGUAUGGCCUAAAAUAUAUUGCUUGUUUUUGUUGUAAACGAAAUGCAAGAACCAACGAUCAAGAUGAAGACGUGGCUGCUGCAGCCGAAAGGAUAAGUAAAAUGUCGAGCGAGGAUCGCAAGGAGCAUGCUUUAGUCCUGAACCGGGUCUCAAAGAAAUACUGCUGCAUGGCUGCCGUACGUGGAAUAUCCUUCGCUGUCCAGCCGGGCGUGUGCUUUGGUCUGCUGGGUGCCAACGGGGCCGGUAAAACGACUACCUUCAAGAUGAUUGUGGGCGACAUUGCCAUGACGAUGGGGAGUAUUCACGUCAGAGACUGCAGCAUGAAAUUCCGCCCCACGGCAGCGAGGCGGCAGAUCGGCUACUGUCCCCAGCACGACACGCUCUUCGACUUCUGCACAGGCCGUCAAACACUCAGGAUCUUCCUUUUGCUGCGCGGCACACGCCGGAAUCUCCUCAAAAAAGUCUCGGAAAAGCUGGCCACCGACUUUGGCUUUUUUGCGCACCUCGACAAAAAGGUCAAGGACUACAGUGGCGGCACUAAGCGAAAGUUAAACGCAGCGGUGGCCGGUGAGGGCUCAUCGCUCAUUUGUCUGGACGAGCCCAGUUCUGGGGUCGAUCCGGCCUCCCGGCGCCAUGUGUGGAAUGUCCUCUCCUCGCUGCGGGACAUGGGGAAGGCGGUGCUGCUCAGCUCUCAUAGCAUGGAGGAGGUGGAGGCCCUCUGCACGCAGUUGGCCAUUAUGGUGGAUGGGCAAAUUCAUUGCCUGGGAUCCCAGCAGCGCAUCAAGAAUAAGUUUUCCCAGUGUCUGGUGCUCAAGUUACAUGUGGAUACCGGAAGUCUGGAAAGCAUGGCGUACACUGUACUGAAGGUAAAGAAUCAAAUGGAAUCGGACUUUCCCACGGCAUCGCUAGAGGAAGAGUUUGGUGGCAGGCUCACUUACCACAUACCCAUUGCCAAAAUGAGAUGGUCGAGGGUGUUCUCAUACGUUGAGAGAAAUCGCAGCCCUUGGAAGGUGGUGGACUACUCUCUGACGCAGCCGUCGCUGGAAGAUGUAUUUCUGGACAUUGCCAAGAAGAAAGCGAACGAAAAGAAACAACAAAAGAAUCAAUACAGGCAGCCGAAGAGUCGUCCCCCCAAAAAGGAUUCUCCGAAAUCUGAUAAGGAUAAUGGCCGCGCCACUAGGGUAACCAAGACAUAAGCCUGUAGAAGUGUAGCGAGUGGGGGGCACGGCGAAUUCGCCUAAAAUAAACAAAGCGGAAAACGCUACUCAAAAUACGCAAGUGAGAGGCGUCCGAGUGCUUUUGUUGGAGUGCUUUUUGUAUGGAGC